AUGGCCGAGGAAGCUGCAGUGGCCGUGUGCGUGCGGGUCCGGCCGCUCAAUAGCAGAGAAGAAGAACUUGGCGAAGCUACCCAAGUUUACUGGAAAACGGACAGUAAUGUUAUUUAUCAGGCUGAUGGGAGUAAAUCCUUCAAUUUUGAUCGUGUCUUUCAAAGUAUUGAAACUACUAAAAAUGUAUAUGAAGAAAUAGCAGUGCCAAUCAUCGAUUCUGCUAUACAAGGCUACAAUGGCACUAUAUUUGCCUAUGGGCAGACUGCUUCAGGAAAAACACAUACUAUGAUGGGUUCAGAAGACUGUUUAGGAGUUAUACCCAGGGCAAUUCAUGACAUUUUCCAAAAAAUUAAGAAGUUUCCUGACAGAGAAUUUCUCUUACGUGUGUCUUACAUGGAGAUAUACAAUGAAACCAUUACAGAUUUACUCUGCAACAGAAAAAUGAAACCUUUGAUAAUUCGGGAAGACAUCAAUAGAAAUGUGUAUGUUGCUGAUCUCACAGAAGAAGUGGUUUAUACAUCAGAAAUGGCUUUGAAGUGGAUCACAAAGGGAGAAAAGAACAGACACUAUGGAAUAACAAAAAUGAAUCAAAGAAGCAGUCGUUCUCAUACCAUUUUUAGGAUGAUUUUAGAAAGUAGAGAGAAAGGUGAAUCUUCUAAUUGUGAUGGAUCUAUCAAGGUGUCUCAUUUGAAUUUGGUUGAUCUUGCAGGCAGUGAAAGAGCUGCUCAAACAGGAGCUGAAGGUAUGCGGUUCAAGGAAGGCUGCAAUAUAAAUCGAAGCUUAUUUAUCUUGGGACAAGUGAUCAAGAAACUUAGUGAUGGACAAAUUGGUGGUUUCAUAAAUUAUCGAGAUAGCAAAUUGACACGAAUUCUUCAGAAUUCCUUGGGAGGAAAUGCAAAAACACGUAUUAUCUGCACAGUUACUCCAGUGUCUUUUGAAGAAACACUUACUACUCUCCAGUUUGCCAGCACUGCUAAAUACAUGAAGAAUACUCCUUAUGUCAAUGAGGUAUCAAGUGAUGAAGCUCUUCUGAAAAGAUAUAGAAAAGAAAUAGUGGAUCUUAAAAAACAGUUAGAGGAGGUAAAUAUAAAGACUAGGGCCCAGGAAAUGGAAAAAGACCAAUUGGCCCAACUUUUGGAUGAAAAAGAUUUGCUUCAAAAAGUACAAGAUGAGAAAAUUCAGAACUUAACACGGAUGCUGGUGACCUCCUCCUCUCACACGUCACAGCAGGAACUAAAGGCUAAAAGAAAACGAAGAGUUACUUGGUGUUUUGGCAAAAUUAACAAAAUGAAGGAUUCUAACCAUGUAAAUGAAUUUAAUAUACCAGCAAAUAUAACAACAAGAGCACACACAACUUCUCUCAGUGUAUUAGGAGAAAGUGAUGAAUCUCUUUGUUUCGAGUCUGAUGUCUUCAGUAAUACUCUUGACCCAUUAGCUGAGGUAGAAUGGCAUUCGGCAACAAAACUGCUAAGUCAGGAAAACUUAGAAAGUGAGUUGAGCUCACUGCGUGCUAAAUAUGACAAUCUGGUGUUAGACUAUGAACACCUAAGAAGAGAAAAUGAAGAUCUGGGAUUGAAAUUAAAAGAAAAAAGUGAUUUGGAUGAAUUCGAGGCUCUAGAAAGAACAACUAAAAAAGAUCAAGAG